UUCUCCUUCUUCUCUCUUCACUCUCUCUACGCCGCCCCAGCUCUGCCCACCACUGCCUGCCGGAAAUCGCUGCCGCCGGCGGACCACCUCCAAACACCUCCAAAAUGCCACGUAAUCUCCACAACUUCCUCUUUCCAUAUCUUCAAACCAAAUCCUAAAAUAAUCCCUCAAACACCUUGAAUCUUAGAUCUAGGAAACUUUCCUGUCACUUUUUUGCCCAAAUUCUUGAAGCUCCAACCACUACCGCACCACAAUACCUACAUCAAUGGAUAGAGCUCCCCAAGACCUAGUUAUUGAUGCCAAUUUUACCCUGAAAAUCCGGCGACCAAAAUCCGGCCAAAUUCCGGCGACCUCCCCGAACACCCUCUUUGGGCAUACCACCUAUUUUUUCGGCCACUUGAAUUAUAAAAUGUUGUCGCUGUCUUUUGCUGUUGUUGCUGCCCAUUUAAUUGUUCUGCUGUUGAUUUUGGAAAGAGAUGACUCUGCUGUAUUUGUUCUUCUUUCUGCUGUCCAGAUCCAGGUGCCCGAGCGAUCGAGUGAGCAUUUUUCAGCUGAUUCAGUUUCUGUCGAGGAUUUCGAGAUGGUGAGGACACAUGCUACUAGGCAGGACGGAUGACCACCAAUACCACCCGCUAGGGCCACCAGAGGCUGAGGUCACAGUCGGGGCCGUGGCAGGGGCAGUGCAGCUAGAGUAGCACCGACAGAUCCACCAACUGCCCCAGUUCCAGAU